AGGGUCGCGAAAGUAAAGAAAAGAAAAGUUCUGUAUAUACGUACAAUUCCAAUUGCUUUCUUACACGGAAUGAAAAGAAAUGGAAGAAAUGGCCUUAUGGAACAUCGUACACACAGAUUUUGAUGCAGAAGAUGAAACUAUUAAUUUUGGAUCACGAAUUGUCGUGGAAAAUAAAGGGUUACUAUACGAAAGUUCAACUAUCGCUUGGUUCCAACCGGAUAAAAAGGUUGACACAAAUCCAUUUGUAUCGGCAUGUGUGCAAUACGGAUGCCUGUGUGUAGUCAUUGGCAAAUCCAUUACGUUGUUUGAAGAUGAAACUUGUACCAAUAUUAUAAUGAAUGUUAGUUUUGAGCUUUCGAUUACAAGUCACUGCGUUUCCCAAGAUAAGUUGUUCCUAUUUGUUGGAUUGGUAAAUGGAAUUUUACAUUGCUUUCACAUACCUAGUGAAGGAAAACCUGUUUUUUCAAUAAACAUUCCAUUGAAUGGCGGUGGGAAUGCUGAAGCAUUGAAAUUUAUACAUCAGGAAAUAAAUGGAAACAUAUCGAAUAUAUACUUAGUAUCUGCAUCAGGGCACGUAUAUAGUUUAUCUGACUUUCAUGCACAAGAGAUUCAUACUGCUUUUAUCAAUGAAAACUGCGAUGCGGCACGGCAAAUGGUAAAAGACAUUCAGUGUUCUGAACUACUGAAUGAAGGCAGAGACGAAGAGGUCAUUUCCGUUGCAGUAGGAACGUUGCAUGGACAGGUUUCUUUUAUAAUCGGUGGAAAAUGCAUGACAAUGUGGUCCAGUAAGAGAUAUGUUACAUUGAACUCGUUCCUUUGCAACUACGUUAAAAUACAAUUUUUUGAAAGUUAUAGUUCACUGAUAUGUUUACAUGCAGAUGGUUCCCUUCAUGUUGUGUGUCCCAUAACAUUGCUCGUAAAAAGAAUAUUUAAGGGGGGGCCUGUAUACGAUUUCAUUACAAUUCAAGAUAAAACUAUCGACUCUUUCCAACUUCUUAUUUUGACAGUUUCUGAAGAUUUAGCCAUGUCAAAAUUAUGCUUAUAUUCUUUCCCAGAUUUUGAAAGCAAGUUUGAGGUUCCAGUUUCUCGGAAAACCUAUUUAGUGAACUUGAUCGGGUGUUCUACAGACGACAUAAUAUUCCUAGAAGGUACAUGUAACGAUGCCCAACAAGUUGAAACAAUCAGGAUUAAAACAAUAGGUGCUAGUUUGCCCGAGGACCGAUUAGGUAGAUUAAUAAGAAGAGGAAAAUACGAUGAAGCCGAAGUGUUUGCAAAGAAGUUUAAUUUGAAUAUGGAUGUAAUUUACCGCUUAAAGGCAACAUCUCUUUUGAAUCAAUUAAAUCCUUGGUCAACCAAUAACGAGUCACAUAAAUUGGACAUCAUUAUUAGCACACUGGACAAAAUCGUAGACGUUACGUUCAUUUUUGAAUGUUGUAAUAAUGUACUAUGCUCCGACUACGAACAAACCAGAAAAUUACUGUUAUAUGCACGGGACAGAUUAACGCAUCAUCUACAGAUAUCCGAAAGCGAGGAAUGUUCAAACUAUUUGUUUAGGAUAAGCGAAACUUUGCGGACACUUGAAACCUUCAGAAUAAUUCAGAGUAUAAAAACAAAUGCUCCACCCCAUGAUGAAGAAGAACUCGAAGCAUGGAUAACAUUUUCAAAGGCUAAUUUAUUCAAUGAAUGUAUUAAAUAUUUAACCGUCGGCCAUUUGGAAAUUGCAGCAUUAAUUUGGAUGCGUCAUUUUUCCACGAUAAUGACUGGAUUGACAGUGAACAGUAUAGAAAGUAUUUUAAAAGCCAUACCAAACACCGUUUCUCCGGUACAUCUACAGACCUGGCUCCACCAUUUUAUACCAUCAGCAUUGUCAAUGUUCCCACAGGCACUAUCGGAAAUUAUUCUUUGGGCGUACAAAAAAAUAAAGCUUUUCGAAAAAUCUCAUUGUACUUCAUGGCCUCAGAUUGGACUUCAGUUCACAAAUGAUGUGUUACGUUUGCUUACAUUCGAAGAGUCCCGUUCGUUUAUUCACUGGCAACAAGAGUACACGAAAAAGAAUUCGCCCUUUCAGCGUUUGACGUCUUUAAUUCAGUCUUUAGACGAUAUACAAUACCUUAAAACAAAUUACAGGAUAACGAUAUCAUUAGAUAUGUGUUUGAGGGAGCCAUUGGAUGUAGUUCACUUUUUGCUGGACAAAGUGCACACUGAACAAAUAUCACAUCUUGCCGAUACAUUCCUAAAGCAAUACAUGCUCAAUCAUUCGUUACAGAAUGAUUACGUAUUUUGUUCAUAUGUACAGAGAGUGUUAAGCAAUACGAGAAAUUGGUGGUUUUGGGAAGAGGCGCCGUGGGAAAAAAGAGUAGCAGUAAUGAUUCCUUUAAUCCAGAAUAUUCAGAGUCAGUUGCAACAAACAUUAAGUGCAUUGCAAAAAGCACCAGUUCCGUGGAGUUCCACGAUGUCCUCUUUAGCUGAAAGAAGUUAUUCCUUUGAUCAUGAAUUGGUAAUACAAAUAAGAGCCGAAUCUACUUACGUUUCUACGAAGCUGAUUCUGAAGAAAUAUGGUUAUGAGCGCAUCGGUUUAAACUUGAAAGAAAGAUUGAUUAACUAUAUUAUUAAACAAAACCGCGCAGAAGUGAUCAGUGAUAUUCGCGAAAUUACAAGGACUGAUCGUAUUCUGAGGAUGCAAGCAUUAUCGUCACAUGUUAGUCAUAUUCUAAAUAUAGGCGAUGUGACCGCAGCAGUAAAUCUAAUAAAUAGCUUUGAGGAUGAAGCAGCCGUGUAUUGCUGCACCCAGAUCAUAUAUAAUUUAUUGUCCCGACUGUCCUUUAAGAAUUUUGACGCAUCUGUUAUUCAUUACAUGGAGGCACUAGGUUCAAUUCAAACAAAGUUAGCUACGAUUCCGUCGCCAACAAAUUUCCAUGACGAAAUUAUAGUGACCGAUAUAAAGACAAUUUAUUGCUUGCGGGAGAGGUUUUCCAUAACCACUACUCCGGAGAAAUAUUAUACAGAAGGAAAAGAAAAAAUACUAUCGACUUGGGUACGACGAACAUGUAAUUUUGUCGGCCGUGACUCCGAAAUGUCCGAUUUCUGUAAGACGCUAGACAGGCUGGCAGAUGUCCUAAGAAUAUCAAGAUUUCUUGCUGCUAGCAUGUUUUUCGAAGAAUACAGAAGUCCUGAGAUUCUGCAAUGUGUCAGCUUCCCCUUGAUUGGAAGUCACAUUGUCUCACGAAAUGACUGCCUCUAUUUGAAUCAAUUAUGUGCUAUGGCCUUUUUUUCUCAUCAUUGUGUGGAAAGUCCUGAUAAUCCCGAUGCAUAUCGCGAUUUAUCCAGGAUACUGAGGCUUUUGUUUACUUCUGCGAUAAUCAGUUGUCCCGAUGGAUUUUUAAACGAAAUUUCAUCCCUGGCAUCCUGGAUAAAUGUCUAUACGGAGAUAUUUUUCGCCAGGGAAUGUAGCGAAUGGGAAUGGGAUGGAACGUUACCCUCUUUGGGAAUGAAUAAGAUAUUUUGUAACACAUAUUCUGACGCAGGAAUUCCAAAUAACGAUGCAUUGCGUCAUUACUUCAAAAGCUCCUUGUUAUUUUUCAUAUUUCAUGCCGGUAAUCAAGCACUAGUUGGUCGAAUGGCUAUGACUCAGGAUAACAUAGAUCGCUUCCGUGACGAGCAAUUCAAGAUUGCACGGAAACUUCAAACCGAACAAUGUGACAAUGCCGUAUUAAAUAUUAUCAAAAGCUUAUAUUUCAAUAUUUGCCAUUCAUCGGCAUUGUCAGAUACGCUCGUUGAAAUGGAAUCUAACCUCGAGCGUUCCAUUAUAACGUUACUUCGGAAAAUAAUUUGUGCUCGAUCAUUUGACAUAAAAUUAGGUACGGCUUGUCUUUUUAUGUUGCCCGAGCAAGAUGCCACAAAAUGGCUGUUAGAUGCGAACAAAGUGUUCCGAAACGAUUGCGGGCGACAUCGCAAUGUAUCGGUAUUGGGAUAUGUAUACUUCCGUUUAAUUAAUAACAAGAUACAGGAAGGGUUAUUCCAUCAUUAUAGCGUGUUACACAUUUGGGCCAAAAGACUUUCCGAUUGUGAUGAAAUUUCAUACAAAGAGGUCAUCAACAGCAGUACACAAAACAAACAGAACAUUUUAGAGCGGGUAAUGAACUCGAAGAGAGAAGGAAUCAUUCAAUUACUUCAGCAGUUCUGUAUGGAUUUUCAGUUUGAUUUAAAUGAAUGUCUUGUCCUCUACUUGCACGUUUUAUUGACAAAAUGGAGUCCUACUUUUAAAUUAGAAAAUACGGCAGAUGGAAAAGAACUAAGAAUUGACCAGACCGAAGUGGAAGAACUACGGGAGAAAUGUAAACGCACAGCUGCCCGCAUCGAGAAUACUACCGUAAUGAAACGCCACCUGGCGAUGCUUUCAUCUCAAGUCAAUUUCUACCAUUAUGAAGUAUUUGUCAUUAUAUUCGACCUAAUCGAAGAAGCAGAUCAGAAAAUGAUAAAUUAUCUUCGUUUCCUUCAAAACUAUACACGAGUUGGAAAACCCACACAAAUGGAACUCGACGAAUGGGCUCAACUUAACUCAGAAAAUGGUUUAUUGCCAUCAAUUUCAGAGUGGAGGUUCCCUUAUCUACUGAAAAUUGACCAGUGGAAACUGAUAACUCAAGAACUGAAUCUAAAGACAUACAGGAAGUGGUUAACAAUUGGAGAAGUACUUGGUUUAUCCACAGAUGUUAUUUGUUCACUGUCCAUUAAAAACUCGACGGAGCAUGCGUGGAAUGAUUCCGAAAUAAAACGAAACGCUACCGAGUGGUCUUUACAUACAAAAAAUUGCACUUUGCUGAAUGACAUAAAGACAUGUAUACAACACAUGACAGGACCAAAAGCGUUAUAUUAUGCAAUCGCUGCUUUGUACCACGUCGUAAAUAACACUCCUCAAGGUGCUGAUCAAGUUGCCGCGAUCCAAGAAUGCUAUGAACUUGCUAAUAAGUGGGUUUCGCAAGGUCAUACUUUGGACCAAUUACAGAAAAUAAAAUAUAAAUACUUGAGUUAUACCGCACAACACAUCUUGCACCAAAAUAAUCUCGGUGAAGAUCGCUACUUAAAAUUGGUUGGCCAUCCACCGAAAAUGAUACGAGAAUUGUAUUCGGAUGAAAGCAUUCCACUUCGAAGCCGGGAACCCGUACAACGAAGACCCGACAUAAACACCGCAGCUCGCGAGCUUACAAAAUUAUUUUCUCUCAAUUUUACUUCAAUCAAGUACGAACUGUUGCAAGAAUGGUUACGUCCCGAUGCUUAUGAAAAUAAUAUGUACGAUAGUAUGACGGAAACUCUUCUGUUGCAACCUACAGCCGAGGAUUGCUGUACCGCCAUUGAUGAUAAAUUAUUAAGAGCGUGUUAUAUUCUUCAGGACACCAGAAUAGAAGAAGAAACGGAACAGUUUGCGAAAGUUUUGAUAAAUAUAGGAUUUGCCGAAGAUGAAGAGAACAAUAAUGGACCUGGAAUGCGUUUCAGGGCUCUCCAAGUACUUGCGCUGAUAACAAACUCCGAUACUUUGGAACGCUUAACAAAACGCGACGUAACGGACGUUAGGGAACGGAUGAAAAUACUUCAAUAUUUAACCGAAUUGGAAGCUUUGGGAUUGGAGUACACGAUAAACAGCUUCGAAAAUUCUUCAAAAAGUGAUCUCGUUCACGUGCUAUUCAGAAUGCAUUCUCGUCUACCCCGAGCUCUGGUCCUUAUCAUGCAGCUAUGUUUGGAUUUCAAGAUUUACGAUUAUGCCUUGUGGAAUAAAACUCUAUCGGAAAUGGUGAAUCUAAUAAUGAUAAAAGAUUUAAAAUACGUCCUACCGAAAUUGGUGCCCUUUAGCAACAUCGUAAACAGCCAUGGAUACGUAUCUGGAUGGCAGACCGUAAUUGCGGAACCAUUUCGAAGAACGGAUGCUCGGCCAACCUCCGAACAAGUCGAACAUUGUUUGCAGUCCAUAACUCUUUUGCAUGCGUGCCCUGUGGUUAGCAAAUUACAAUUUACGGAGAUGGUUGAAUGUUGCUUUCACAGCCGAUUGGAACACCUUGCAGCCGCUUUGUUACCAUUUCUUAAUGAAAGAGACAAGGCCGAAGUCUCGAAGAGAAUACGCGACAUGCCCGAUGCAUCGAGGGUCACGGACAAUUUGAAAAGCUUGUCACUUCGGGGAUUACUCGCGGCUUCAUACUCUUUGCUUGUUCUAAACGAGGCCAGGGAUGCGCCACUGUAACGAUCCAAUCUCUCAAGACCUCUAAGUAUGUGAGGAAGGAAGCGUCGAGGAUCUCGGGUCCGCGAAGAGGAUAACAGGAGUUUCUCCCACCGUGCAGGACGUGUGGCUCGGAGCACCGGAAACGCAAGGCAAAAGGUGGAGAGUGCGCGCAAGAAAAUUUAAUAAGUCCUGAAACUCUUCAUUUUCGAUUCUAAGCCUCCAAAAAGCGUAAAAGAUGAAAAUCGUGCACGGACCAUGCCAUGUUGGUUCCAGUCC